AUGACCACUUCCAAGAUAUCUCCAUCUUCCAAGCCUACUCAUGGACACCUCAUGAGUUACCGAAUAGCUCGUGGUGAACAAGGCGUUCUGACAUUCGAGCCAUACAAAUCCUUCUUGCUUCCGCUAUGGCGCUUUCGAACUCCAGCACUAGCCCGGAAAAGCUCCAAGGACCUGUGGGAGCGCUUUGAGCUGUAUGAUGAAGAGGAUGACUUCGUCGGUAUGGACAUGUGCAGGAAGUUCAUCCAAAUGGGGAUGACGCGCUCCAAACGCUACGCAAACCAUGCUGGCGGACGCAAGUACGACAAGAGCAGCGGCGCUGAGUUACCCAAGAGCUCAACCCAUAAAGACGCCAAAGACAAGCUUGAAGCCUCCGAGAUAUUCCGGGAAGCUUGGGACCGAUGCCGAGCGCACGAGGGAUACCAGCAGAAGAAGGAGAAGUUCAUAAAAGAACAGAAGGAAUGGGACAAGCAGGCGAAGCGGGAGAAGCAGGAUGAGCAAUAA